AUGCCCUGGAGAGUCGGCCAGGUAUACGGGCACCUCACACGAACGGCGUUACUCCACGCAUCUGCGCCUCGAAUUGUCACACACAAGCCGUUCUUGGUCGACCAUCCUCUUGGGGCUGCCGUAGACGCCAUGUUCUCUCUUCUAUCCAAAACGGGGAAUCCAUUCGAGGCGCAGGAGAGCUGCAGGUGGACAGAGCUGCGGGAACAUCUGUGCGACAGGGCCCGAACCGUCGACCUCGCGGUGCAGUUGGCAGAUACGUACAGGGCACACCGUGCUCUCCGAGUGCUCACUUUGUCCCAUGUGCUCGGUUGCAAAUUGAAGCAAAACGCCUACGAAUGCGUGGCACAUCAAUUAGCCAGUGCAAGACGGUGGCCGUUGGUGACUUCCCUUGUCGAGUUGGCACGACGUCAGACUGGUCGGACGACUGCCCGAUUGCUCAAUUGGCGUGCACGCGCUCUCAUCGAAUCGCAGGAGUUCGCCACACUCGAUCGUGUCUUGGACAUCUUCGAACAGGAACGAGUGGGGCCGAACCGCAGGACGUUCCACAUACUCGUUUCAGGCCACCUUCGCAACCGCGAUCUCGCCCGCGCAAGCGAUGCCGGAAUCAAAGUCGAUGCAUCUACCCACGCACUCAUCAUCUCAUCCUACCGCCAGUUCGGCCUUGCCCAUUCUGUGAAGACGAAGGCCCUAGAUGUGUUGCACGAAAGCGACGAUCGCUCCGCCACCAAUAUGAUCAACAGCCUCGUUCAACAGUCCUUGGACAGGGACGACAUUCAGGGAGCCAUGCGCUAUCUUGCCCUGUUCGAGCCCGACAGCAUGCCUUCCACUGCCGACGGAGGUUCCAUCCACCGCGACGGAGACAUGACAUCUCUGGGGUCGGCAAACCGUCACGGACCCAGAACGGUAACCCCUGCGCAGGACGCCCACACCUUCACGAUCCUCAUUAACCAUUUGGCGAAGCAGGCCGACCUUCCCCGUGCUCUUCAGAUUCUCGACCGCAUGCAGGAGACUGGUGUGCAACCAGACAGUAGCACCGCUGCUGCUUUGGUCCGAGCUCAUUUCGCUGCCGGUCAGGCCACCGCCGCUAUUCGGAUCGUCGCAAAUAUGUGCCAUGCACGGCGCGUCAUGAAUGCAUCGCGGCGCAUCAUGCAUGCAUCGUUCAGGCAGCUUGGACUAACCACCAGUGGGAUUAAUGAACCGUCCUUGCUGCCCCCUGGUAUCCCUCCCACGGUGGAAGUCUUCAAUGCGUUGAUCCGAGGAACCCUAACAACGCGUCGCCUUAAUGGUAUGCGUGUCGUGCUGCGUAUCAUGAACUUCUGCAACAUCAGACCGGACGACACGACAGCUCACCUUUUGUUAUUGCACCUUGACAAGGUAGAGCACGCGUCACCUCGGGAUAUCAUGCGACGCUUGCGACGUCUCCUUCCCCACCGAGCCACACCCACUAUUCAGCACUUGAACGUCAUCUUACAUUCUAUCCUUCGCCGCGAAGACGGCCUCCGUCGACAGAUGAAUCGCACAUCGUCACCAGAGUCAUCGAUGUCAUCCGAGGACAGCAAGACAUGGGACAAGAUUUCCGGGUCCGAGGAGUCUUACGACCCUGCAGCUGGUUUGAAGGUCCCUGAACGCCCCUCGUAUCGGGGACAGUUUCAACCCAUUCUCCGGUCGCUGCGGGACCGUGGUAUACGCAGCGACCGGGCGACUUACGCGCUCAGAAUCAGACACGACGCCACAUUCCAAGCGAUGAUCAACCGAGGCUUGCAUCCUAACGUAUAUCACUUUGCGGCGGUCAUGGAGGGUUACUCAGUCGUUGGGGAUAUCGAUGGCGCGAUGUCCGUCAUGGACUCGGCGAUCAAGGAGGGCAUUCGGCCGAACCUCAAGUUGUACACCAUCCUCAUUACCGCCUGCGUCCAACAGAAGGACGCGGGUCGCGCCCUCCGCAUAUUCCGGAGUAUGCUUGCUGCGAACAUUCAGCCUGAUGCCAUUGCGCUGCAUGCACUCGGGCGGGCAUUCGUAGCUGCGGGGCAGAAGGGGGAGGCUCGACGGAUCUUGCUACAGCUUUGGCCGAUGGUGGCUGUGCUUCCGGAGGACCUACAUAGUGCGCCACUGGUGCGGCUCAUGGAUGCCCUGACGUCGCUUGGCGGGAAAGCGAGCAAGGAGGAGGCCAGGAAGCCGCUGAACGGGCGGGAGGCGCGGUUCUUGAGGUGGAAAGUCAACCGACUGAUGGGGAGUUGGGGAGAUCGUCCUCCUAGUCUAAAGCUAAGGGUCGGGGUGCUGCUUCGCGUCGUGUAG